CGCGCAUUCAGCUGCCCAUAACGACAUCUCCUCCACCUAACAUCCCCCGGAUUCUCUACCUGAGUAGUAUACUUAAUUAUCACCACUUCAUAUAUAAUGGAUGAGAAACGCCCUGCUCCACGAGCCAUGUCGCCGCCUCGUUCCCUCCGUCGCAGUCGACCCACCCUCACAAUAGCCUUCGUAAUAGCUGUUGUUUAUACAUUCUGGAUAUGGCAGCCUUUCAACCCUAUACUUGACCAAACGAUGGUCGAUAUCACGAGUGACGAUGUUCAUACUACCGAUAGACUUGUGCCACUGGAGGCGCACAUCAUGAGUAAAUGUCCUGACGCAAAGGACGGACUUGAACUACUAGUACUGCCCGUGAUGCAACGCGUUCAUGAUAAGGUUAACUUCACCUUAUCUUACAUUGGCCGGCCAACUGCCAACGACGGUGUCGACUGCAUGCACGGCCCUUCAGAAUGCAUGGGCAACAUCAUCGAGCUCUGCGCCCGCGAACUCUACCCCGAUCCCAAGAUCAACCUCGGCUUCAUCAUGUGUCUAAGCCGCGACUACAGCGAAAUCCCCGAACGGUCCCUCGUCGAAGACUGUGCUCUUGAGUCCGCGAUCGAUUUCCAGCAACUUAGCGACUGCGCUGUAAAGGAGGACGGCGCCUAUGGUUUGAGCCUCCUACGGGAUAGCAUCAAGAGAACUGCAGAUGUAUGCCAAACUCGUCUGAAUGCCAUGCGCGUGCUAAUAUGAUCGAUAGGCCGGUGUGACGAAGAGCGCCACUAUUCGUCUCGAUAACAAAAUCUACUGCAUCCGCGACGGUGGCGAGUGGACCGACUGUCCCAACGGUUCUGGCGUCAACGAUCUAAUUAUUGCGAUCGAGAAGCUGCGCCGCUAGACUUGAGUGGCUCGAAAAUCUCGGUCCACAACUCACUUGCCUCUCCUAGCGUAUAGCUCAUAGUAAUGCCAUCCAUACCCGCCUCGUCGUCUCCCGCCAUUGCGCCCAGCGUUUCUAUAAUACUCUCGAGUCCGACUGCCUUGCCCGUCGCCUGAGUGGCCCCCGCUUCGAGCUGGACAUGAACAAUAUGAAUGUGAAAGUGGUAAUAUGUUGGCUGGUAAUGCACAUAGAGUUUCAGCUGGUCCGGCUCGAUCGAUGGAUACGUCUUGACAGUGGCAUCGAUAAGAUGGGUCUUCAUGUGCUGUAGCCAGGGGAUGUGCUUCUUGCGAAGGUCUCUCAGCGACCAGAUAUCCCGUCGUUCGACCAGCGCUAGUAGGUGCAGCGCAUCGAGCGUCUUGCGAUCCCAGUUGAGGUCUGGCAGCAUGAGGAAACCCUCAUCGCCGGCCUCACCAAGCUUCGUUCUGUAGAUAACAUCUUCUACCUCCUUGCGUCCUUCAAUAAUGUUAAAUACCCAAUUGAGUCGUCCUUCCUCCCUCUUGCUGAGCAUAUACGGUCGAAUGUGAUCUUUGUAAAUAUCUGGUGUCUCCGUCACGAACCGAACACCCUGCUUGCUGUACUUUUUGACGUGCGUUUCGGUACAUGGGUAAAUCAGGUUGAUUUUGAGAUCAGCGAAGAAGUCGGCGUCGUCAGGUUUGGUCGUCUCAGUGCCGCUACGGCUCAUGAACCAGUGAUAGAUAUCGUUUGCGCCCAGGUUCUGAAUCCGCGCGAGCUGAGCGGGAACAUCGGUGAGGUAGGUCUGUGAGGUUGGGAAGGGAGCCCGUUCCAGGAUCAGUAGAGCUGGUUGGUCGUCGAUAGAACCGUAGAGGGAGAUGCGACGUCCUGCUUGAUCUUGGUUGAGGACGCGAUCGAGUUUGAAUUUGGGCACAAGGGCCUCCGCUUUUGCUUUGACAUCGGCCAUCGUUGAUUUGAGAUUUGAAAAGACUUGGCUGUGGUCUACAAGCUCAGAAAGGAAUCUCCUUCAGAACUCUGCCCCUCUUUAGCAGUGGAGGAAUUGAUGGGAGGGAACACCCCAC